AUGCGUCAAAAUCCAAAGGUUCCGUUUAGGGAUCAACAAACCGUUCAGUUCGCUAGCUUAAUUAGCUUGUUUGAGGCAGCUGCUUCUGUGAACAUCACUCAUCUCCCAGGUUUUGAAGGCGCGCUUCCCUUCCAUUUAGAAACUGGGUAUGUAAGCGUGGAUGUCGUGAAGGGUGUGGAGCUGUUCUAUUACUUCAUUGAGUCAGAGAGAAACCCCGCGGAGGAUCCUCUUCUUCUAUGGCUCACAGGUGGACCUGGCUGCUCUGCCUUCAGCGGUCUUGCCCUCGAAGUCGGUCCUUUAAAGUUUAAGGUAGAAAAGUAUGAGGGGAAGCUGCCAAACUUGAUUUAUAAUCCAUACACCUGGACGAAGUUCUCAAGCAUAAUCUUCUUGGACUCCCCAGUUGGGACCGGAUUCUCCUUCUCCAACAGCCCAGAGGGAUAUUUAACUGGUGACUUAUCUUGGUCCAAUCAUGCAAAUAUAUUUAUGAGAAAGUGGUUAAUUGAACACUCCCGAUUCAUAUCAAAUCCUUUCUAUGUUUCUGGGGAUUCUUAUGCGGGGAAGGUUGUCCCAGUCAUUGCCCAUAAUAUAUUACAAGGAAAUGAAGCUGGGCAGCAUCCCCAACUUAACCUUCAGGGCUAUAUAGUGGGCAAUCCAUUAACAGGUGAAACUAUUGAUAUUAGUUCCAGAGUCCCAUUUGCUCUUGGAAUGGGAAUUAUAUCAGAUGAACUCUAUGAUUCAAUAGAUAGAAACUGCAAUGGAGAAAAUUACUCGAGUCCACUAUGUGUUGGAAAUAUGCAAACAUUUAACCAAUUCUUUUCUGAAAUCAUGCCUUCACAAAUAUUAGAGCCCCUAUGUGUUGUAGCAUUAACUAAGCCAGGUGAUAUUAAUCCAAGAAAGAGGUCUAUGGAAGAAAUAUAUACAAAUUAUUUGACACCUCCACCAAUUCCUCCUAUCAACUGCAGAAGUUAUGCAUAUUAUCUUAUGUACUAUUGGGCAAACAAUGACGUCACUAGGGAGGCUCUCCAUAUUAAGAAGGGAACUGUGGUAGAGUGGCAGAGGUGCAGUAAUAACUUGCAAUACAUAGAAGAUUUGAAUAGCAAUAUUGAGUAUCAAUAUAAUCUUACAAAAAUGGGUUAUCGAGCUUUGGUUUACAGUGGGGACCAUGAUAUGGUUAUUCCAUUUGUGGGAACCAAACAGUGGAUUAGAGCCUUAAACUUCUCAAUCUUGGAUGAGUGGAGAUCAUGGAAAGUUGGAGGCCAAGUUGCAGGAUACACAGUGUCCUACAACAAUAAUUUAACAUUUGCAACUGUGAAGGGAGCAGGUCACACAGCACCAGAGUACAAGCCUAAGCAAUGCUUGGCUAUGCUUAAGAGGUGGAUUUCUCAUAAUCCUCUAUAA